AUGGAUCCUCGACAACGACCUGGCUUUACACGCACCGAUACUGAUGGCAUUCCACUUGAAUCGGUCGGGGCUUCGUCGUCCAGUGGCAAUACCAAGAAGGAUGUCAAGAGUCCCGUGGACUCAAAGGCUGAUGGCGCUAUUGACGUGAAGUCAGUGGACAUCCUGGAAGAGCAUUUGCCUGCAUAUGACCCCGACAACGAUGGUGUCGCUCAUAUUAAGGAACCUCCGACUACAGCAGAGGACCUAGUCACUCAAGUCAUUCAUGUUCAGGAUGAUCCGAGUCUCAAUCCGUGGACAUUCCGUGUCGCCUUCCUGGGAUGUGGACUGUCAAUUUUCGGCGCCGUAUUGCAAGAGAUCUUCUUCUUCAAACCACAGACCAUUUUCGUGUCUGUGGUCUUCUUGACGGUCAUCGCAUACAUUCUCGGCGAAGCUAUGGCUAGCCUCAUUCCGCGGAAAGGGGUUUUUCGCUACCUCAACCCCCACCCUUUCAAUCAGAAGGAGCAUGCAGCAAUAACCAUCAUGGCAUCUGCCGCCUCUCAAGCAGCCCAAUCCACACAAGCAUUGGCUGCGCAAGCUUUGUUCUAUGGUGGGUUCCCAAACAAGGCUGCCGGCAUCUUUGUCACGAUGUCCUCGCAGCUGAUCGGAUUCGGCUUCGCUGGCCUCCUUCGUGAUGUACUUGUGUUUCCCACCAGGAUGCUGUGGCCUAUCAACCUGCCAGUCGCGACCCUUCUCGAAACUCUACACCGUGAUAAAAGGGAGACACAGAGAAAGCUAAGGCUGUUCUAUAUCGCCUUUUGCCUUAUCUUCAUCUGGGAAAUACUACCCGAGUACAUCUUCCCUGUGCUCACUGGUGUUUCGGUUUUCUGCCUUGCCAAACAAGACAGUCUGGUGUUUACGAAUCUUUUCGGAGGCGCGUCCGGGGAUGAAGGACUAGGUUUUCUGUCACUCUGCCUCGAUUGGAACUAUAUCAUCGCCGUAUUCUCUCCGAUGUGGUUUCCACUCAAUUCACUGGUCAAUUGUAUGAUCGGAAUCGUCGGCUGCUAUGUUGUAUUCAUGGGUAUCUACUAUGGCAACGUCUGGGGAUCGUUCAAUCUUCCGUUCCUGUCGCAGGAGCUCUUCAGCGGGACAUCCAACUCGACAAAUUAUGUCGUUUACAACCAGUCUGCGAUUCUCAACUCGGAUUUCACCAUUGAUCCUGCGAAACUUGCCCAGGAGGGACUGCCUCAGCUAACCGGUACGUACAUUGUUUAUCUCAUCACCUCAAAUAUGGGCAUGACUGCGGCAUUCACACAUAUGUUCAUCUGGAAUCGCAACGACCUCAAGGCUGGCUGGGAAUGGGCUUCUCCGUCCAAUUUGCGGAGGCUGUUCAGUGCCCGUACAUGGAAAUUCUGGCAAAACCAGGAGUCGCCCGAAGAGCGUCUGGAGCGCAAGUACAACGAUCCCACUUUGGAUCCCCACUACAAGCUGAUGAUGCAGAACAAAUAUUUAGAAUCUCCAAAUUGGUGGUGGGCUUGUGUCGCCCUGGUUAGUUGGGUCAUCGGACUUGGUUGUCUCUAUGGCAUGCACUCGACGUUGCCUGGAUGGGGUUUCCUCCUCGCCGUCAUCUUCACCUUCCUUCUUCUCCUAUUCCUGGGUGCGCAGAUGGGCCUCACGGGCUUCCAGUUCAAUGUGCAGCCGAUUUGCCAGAUGAUUGCAGGCUAUCUCUUCCCUCACCGCCCGCUUGCAAAUUUGUACUUUACCUGCUACACCUUCAACACGCUGCAACAAGGGCAACUCCUCGCCAAGGACAUGAAGCUUGCACAGUAUUCUCAUCUACCGCCACGGAUCACAUUCGUCGUCCAGAUUGUGGGUUGUCUCCUCGGAGCGCUCUUCAACUGGGUCAUGAUGAACGACAUUGUCGAAAACCAGAGACCGAUCCUGCUCGCCAUCCAGGGCUCAAACAUCUGGUCGGGUCAAAACAUCCAGAUCUUCAACACGCUGGCCAUUUCGUGGAGCAUUGCCGACAAGAUGUACAGCAUCGGGGCCAAAUACCAGUGGGUGACCAUUGCCUUCUUGCUGGGGUUCCUCGUCCCGCUGCCCUUCUGGCUUGCCCACCGCUAUUUCCGGCCAUGGAAGGUCUUCUCGUACCUCAACACUUCGAUCAUCCUGUGGUACGUCGGCAACCUGUUCACGGGCAUCAACUCGUCAUUCACGUCGUUUUACAUUGUCGGCUUCAUCUCGCAGUUCUACCUACGCAAAUACAAGCCCCAGUUCUUCGUCAAGUAUAACUACCUUCUGAGUGCGGCUCUCGAUGGCGGAACGCAAGUGAUGGUGUUUAUCUUCACCUUUGCCGUCUUCGGCGGUAGUGGCAAGGCGCAUCCUUUCCCUACGUGGGCUGGCAACCCCGACACCAGCGUGCACAAUGUCGACUACUGCAUGGUGAACCCUGCGAACGGCGGCUAG